AUGCCCGCGCCCCCGGAGGCGCGGGCGGCCGGGCGCGCGGUGGCCCAGGCGCUGGCGCUGCUGCUCGCCGUGGUGCCCGGGGGCGCCCUGCCCCGCCUGCGGCCCGGCCUGCCCCACGUGUGUGCCGAGCAGGAGCUGGCCCUGGUGGGUCGCCGCCAGCCCUGCGUGCGGGCCGUCAGCCGAGCGGUGCCGGUGUGGAGGCCGGGCUGCGGGCGGCAGGCCUGGUGCCUGAGCCACGAGCGCAGAACCGUCUACUACACGGCCUACAGGCAGGUGUACGCCAUGGAGGCCCAGCCCGUGCUCAGAUGCUGCCCGGGGUGGAGCCAGCAGCCCGGCGACCAGGGCUGCCUCUCCGCCGAGUGCGGCGCCGGCCUCUGCCUCCACGGCGGCAGCUGCGUGCCCGGCUCCGCCCUGCGGUGCCGCUGUGCCCCCGGCUUCCAGGGCGCCCGCUGCCAGUACGAUGUGGACGAGUGCCAGCUGCACAACGGCGGCUGCCACCACCGGUGCCUGAACACGCCGGGCUCCUACCUGUGCGAGUGCAAGCCCGGCUUCCGGCUGCACGUGGACGGCAGGACCUGCCUGGCCAUCCACUCCUGCGCCGUGGGCAACGGCGGCUGCCAGCACGACUGCGUGCAGCUCACGGCCACGCAGCACCGCUGCCGGUGCCGGCCCGACUUCCAGCUGCAGGAGGACGGCAAGCGCUGUGCCCGCAGGAACCCGUGUGCGGACCGGAACGGCGGCUGCAUGCACACGUGCCAGGCGCUCCGGGGCCUCGCCCACUGCGAGUGCCACGCCGGCUACCGGCUGGCAGCCGACCGCAAGGCCUGCGAAGACGUGGACGAGUGUGCCACGGGGCUGGCCCAGUGCGCCCACGGCUGCCUCAACACGCGAGGGUCCUUUAAGUGCGUGUGCCACGCGGGCUACGAGCUGGGGGCGGACGCUCGGCAGUGCUACCGGAUCGAGAUGGAGAUCGUGAACAGCUGCGAGGCCGGCAACGGCGGCUGCUCCCACGGCUGCAGCCACAGCAGCGCCGGCCCCCUGUGCACCUGCCCCCGCGGCUUCCAGCUGCACGAGGACGGCAAGACCUGCAUCGACGUGGACGACUGUGCGGACGCGCCGUGCUGCCAGCAGGUCUGCACCAACAGCCCCGGCGGCUACGAGUGCAGCUGCGACGCCGGCUACCGGCUCGGCCCCGACGGCUGCGGCUGUGAGGACGUGGACGAGUGCGCCUCCGGCCGUGGCGGCUGCGAGCACCACUGCACCAACCUGGCCGGCUCCUUCCAGUGCUCCUGCGCGCCCGGCUUCCGGCUGGAGGAGGACCGCCGCGGCUGCGCCCCCCUGGAGAUGCCAGAGUGGGACCCGGCGGGCCGGCUGCCCUUCGCGCGGCCGCUGCCCCACGUGGUGCUGGGGGACGGGCUGCCCCCCCUCUUCCAGGAGGACGACGGGGGGGCCGAGGAGGCCGAGGAGGCGGAGGCCCGGGGCGCGCUGUCCCUGGAGGAGAAGUUUGUCUGCCUGGACGGCGCCUUCGGCCCCGACUGCAGCCUGACCUGCGCGGACUGCGGGAACGGAGGGGCCUGCCUGCCGGGCCUGGACGGCUGCGACUGCCCCGCGGGCUGGACCGGGCUCGUCUGCAAUGAGACCUGCCCCGCCGACACCUUCGGGAAGAACUGCAGCUCCGCCUGCGGCUGCCAGAACGGCGGGACCUGCCACCCCGCGACCGGGGCCUGCCGCUGCCCGCCCGGCGUCGGCGGCGCCCACUGCGAGGACGGCUGCCCGCGGGGCUUCUACGGCAAGCACUGCCGGAGGAAGUGCCACUGCCCCAGCCGCGGCCCCUGCCACCGGCUCUACGGGGCCUGCCUCUGCGACCCGGGGCUGUACGGCCGCUUCUGCCACCUGGCCUGCCCGCCGGGGGCCUUCGGGCCGGGCUGCUCGGAGCAGUGCCGGUGCGAGCAGCCGAACACGCGGGCCUGCGACCGGAGGGACGGCAGCUGCUCCUGCAAGCCGGGCUUCCGCGGAGAGCGGUGCCAGCUCGCGUGCGAACCCGGCUUCUUCGGGUUGGGGUGCCAGCAGGCGUGCACCUGCCCCCCGGGCUCGGCCUGUGACCCCGUCAGUGGUGCGUGCGGGCGGCAGUGUCCGGCCGGCCUCCAGGGGGCGCGCUGUGACCAAGACUGCCCGGCGGGGACGUUCGGUGUGAACUGCUCAGGGUCCUGCGCCUGCGGGGGGGCCCCCUGUGACCGGGCCUCGGGGCAGUGCCUGUGCCCCCCCGGGCGGACGGGGGACGACUGUGGGGCAGACUGUCCCGAGGGCCGCUGGGGGCUCGGCUGCCAGGAGAUCUGCCCGGCCUGUGAGCACGGUGCCGCCUGCGACCCCAAGACUGGAGCCUGCCGCUGCCCACCCGGCUACACCGGCAGCCGCUGCCAGGACGCGUGCCCCGCAGGCUGGUUCGGGUCCGGCUGCCGCAUGAGGUGCUCGUGUGCCAACGACGGGACCUGCCACCCGGCGACGGGCCACUGCAGCUGUGCCCCGGGGUGGACCGGCCUCCGCUGCCAGAGAGCCUGUGACAGCGGCCACUGGGGCCCCGACUGCAGCCACACGUGCAACUGCAGUGCCGGCCGCGGGAGCUGCGACGCCGUCAGCGGCCGGUGUGUGUGCGAGGCCGGCUUCCGGGGCCCGCGGUGCGAGCAGGGGUGUCCCCCGGGCCACUUCGGGCCGGGCUGCGGGCGGCGCUGCCGGUGUGAGCACGGGGGCGCCUGUGACCACGUCAGCGGGGCCUGCACCUGCCCCGCGGGCUGGCGGGGGACCUUCUGUGAGCGAGCCUGCCCCGCUGGCUUCUCCGGCCUGGACUGCCGCCUCGCCUGUGACUGCGCGGCCGGGGCGCCGUGCGACGCCGUGAGCGGCGCCUGCCUCUGCCCCGCCGGCCGCCAGGGCCCCCGCUGUGCCCAGACCUGCCCGGCCCUCACCUACGGGCACAACUGCAGCCAGGCCUGCGCCUGCUUCAACGGGGCCUCCUGCGACCCGGUGCACGGGCAGUGCCGCUGUGGCCCGGGCUGGACGGGGCCCAGCUGCCUGCAGGCCUGCCCCUCGGGCCUGUUCGGCGAGGACUGCCAGCACGCCUGCCUCUGCCGGAACGGCGGCACCUGCGACCCCGUCUCCGGCAACUGCACCUGCGCCGAGGGCUGGGCCGGCCCCGCCUGCGAGCAGGAGUGCGGGCCCGGGCGCUUCGGAGCCGGGUGCCAGCGCAGCUGCGGGUGCCUCCACGGCGGCCUCUGCGACCCGCACACCGGCCGCUGCCUCUGCCCCGCGGGCUGGACGGGGGAUGCGUGUCAGAGCCCCUGUGCCCAGGGCACCUUCGGGGCUGGCUGCGAGGAGCCCUGUGCCUGCCGGCGGGGCACCGCCUGCCACCACGUCACCGGGGCCUGCCUCUGCCCCCCGGGAUGGCGGGGCUCCCGCUGCGACAGUGCCUGCCCGCCCGGGUGGUUCGGAGAGGCCUGUGCCCUGCGCUGCCAGUGCCCGCCGGACGCCGCCUGCCACCACGUCACCGGGGAGUGCCGCUGCCCCCCGGGCACCACCGGGCCGGGCUGUGAGCAGACCUGCCCGCCCGGCACCUUCGGGGAGAACUGCAGGCACAGGUGCCAGUGUCCCGGCGAGAACCAGACCUGCCACCCGGCCUCCGGGGCCUGCGUGUGUGCCCCGGGCCAGCACGGGCCCGACUGCGGGCAGAGGUGCCCCCACGGGCGCUUCGGGUCCGGCUGUGAGCACCUGUGUGGAUGCCUCAAUGGCGGCUCCUGCGACGCGGCCACAGGCACCUGCCACUGCCCCCCGGGGGUCCUGGGCCCCAACUGCAGCCUCCCCUGUCCCCCAGGCCGGUUUGGCGCCGGCUGCUCCCACGUCUGCAGGUGUGGGCCGGGGGCGACCUGCGACCCUGCGACGGGCACCUGCCUCUGCCCCCCGGGGAGGACCGGCGCCCGCUGUGAGCUCGAGUGUCCCCAGCACCGGUUUGGCGCGAGCUGUGAGCACCAGUGCGCCUGCCAACAUGGUGGCCUGUGCCACCCGGCCACCGGCAGCUGCUCCUGCGGCCUGGGCUGGACGGGCCAGCACUGCGAGCUGCCCUGCCCCGUGGGGCGCUACGGCGCCGCCUGCCGCCUGGCCUGCUCCUGCCUCAACAACGGCUCCUGCGAGCCCGGCUCGGGCGCCUGCCGCUGCGGCCCCGGCUUCUACGGCCCGGCCUGCGAGCACGCCUGUCCCCCUGGCUUCCACGGGCUCGGCUGCCAGGAGCUGUGCCGGUGCCAGCACGGAGCCCCCUGCCACCCCGUCAGCGGUCAGUGCCUGUGUCCCGCCGGCUCCCAGGGCCAGUCCUGCGAGAAGGGGUGUGAGCCCGGCUAG